GGAGGGAUCUUGGGGAGGUGGCAGAGGAGGUUCCCCGUCCGUGGGAACGCAUGGGCUGCGCUGCUCUUUGCUCUCCGCCAGCCCUGCGGUUAAUGAGUGAGCCACGAGCAGCGAGGGCUUCGUGUUUUGUCACUGCCGUGGUCGCUGCCCUGUGACAAAACACGGGCAUCCCUGGGGAGCCCUCUCGUCCCUGCAAUUCGGUGCCCUCCUGGGAGCUCCUGCCAGCACGGGGCACGUGCUGGACGCGCUUUGGAGCUUUCUUGGGGCCCCACAGAGGGGAAUGGUGGAAGCUGGGGGUGCCCGUGAGGAUUUUAACAGCCCCCCAGGGCAUGAUGGCAAGGAAAGGGCAGAGCAGGAGGGCCGGGAAUGCUGUGCUGGGAGGGACAGCGUGGGCUGGAGCUGCAGGAUGGUUUUGGGGAUGCUGCAAGCAGGGAUGGAUGUAGAGGGGCAGUGUCCGGUGUGGCUGUCACCUGGUCCCAUCCCAGUGUGACACUCGCAUUCCUGGCCGCAGGGGCAGGUUACUCACCAACUCAGGUUAAUGGCUAAGCCCGGGGCAGCUCCCGCAGGAGGUGGAAGUUCAGCCCCAUACGGGCUGCGUGGAGUCCUCAGGGGGGGUGGGCCCCUGCCCCACAAGGUGGGGGAGGCAGCAGGGAGGUGGCAGCAGCAUGAAUGGGGGCGGCCAGCGAGCGCCUGGGGCCGGCAGCCCCGCUCUCCCGGCCUGCUCCCCGCUGAAGAUGUGCUCAUGGGUGCUGAGCUGCUGCCUGGCCCUGCAGCACCUCGCCGUGCAGGCCUCCCUGCUCUGCACCUUCCACCUGCUCCUGCUGCCUGCCCUGCCCGAGGGGCAGCCCCACAGCCCGGCUGCCGGCGAGCUGCUGGCACGCAGCCUCUUCGCCUGCGGCGUCUCCGCGCUGCUGCAGACCUCCCUGGGGAGCCGCCUGCCGCUGGUUCAAAUCCCAUCGUUCGAGUACCUGGUCCCGGCCGUGGUGCUGAGCUCCCACCUGUCCCGCACGGACGGGAACGGGAACGGCACGGCUGCGACCUCGCUGCGAGAGGUCUCCGGAGCCGUGGUGGUGUCGGGGCUGAUCCAGGUGGCUCUGGGGAUGUCGGGCGUGUGCGGCUGGGCAGCGCGGCGCUGCGGGCCCAUGGUGCUGGCCCCCAGCCUCUCCAUCAUCGGGCUGAGCGCCUACAAGGACGCCGCCUCCCUCUGCUCCGCCAGCUGGGGGGUAGCCCUGCUGCUCAUGCUCCUCACCGUCACCUUCUCGCAGCACCUGGGGUCCUGCCGCCUGCCCUUCUGCGCCUGGCCCCGUGCCCCGGGGGGCUCCGUGGAGCCGCCCGUCCCCACCCUGCGCACGCUCUCGGUCCUGCUCCCCUUCGCCGCCGUCUGCAUCGUCUGUGCCAUCCUCCAGCACCUCCGCGUCCCCUGGGACUCGCCGGACCCGAGCACAGCACGCUUCCCCUGGGCCAACAGCACCUUUCAGCCCCCUUGGCUCCAGCUGCCCUAUUCAGGCGAGUGGCCGCUGCUCACCCCCCGGGCGCUGGCGGUGGGCAUCGCCAUGGCCGUGGGCUGCAGCGUGAACUCGGCGGGCUGCUACGUGCUCUGCGGGAGGCUGCUGCGGGCUCCCCGGCCGCCCCGGGACGCCUGCAACCGGGGGCUGUGCGCCGAGGGGCUGGGCAGCCUCCUGGCCGGGCUGCUGGGUGCCGCGGGGGGCACGGCCUCCAGCGUCGCCAACACCUGCGCCGGUGGCCUCACGCAGGACGGCUCUCGGCUCUCGGUGCGGGUCAGCGCGGUGGCGUGUGUGGCGCUGGGCACGUCCCCGAGGCUGGCGGUGCUCCUCACCCGCAUCCCGCUGGCGGUGCACGGUGGGGUGCUCUGCGUCACCUACGCAGUGGCCGUGGGCACGGGGAUCUCCUACUUCCAGUACGCUGACAUCGACUCCGGGAGGAACAUCUUCAUCGUCGGCUUUGCCAUGUUCAUGGCGCUGCUGGUGCCGCGGUGGCUCGGCGCGGCCCCGGCACACUUGGCCACAGGCUGGGUGCCCCUGGACCUCCUCUUCCUCUCCCUGCUCAUGGUUCCUGUCUUUUUAACCGGCUUCUUGUCCUUCUUCCUGGAGAACACGGUCUCAGGAACCCCGGAGGAGCGAGGGCUGCUGCAGAAAACCGGGGCUGGCGACGGAGAGAGGGGCAAAGCCAGCUCCGUCUACGGGCUGCCCGCCGGGCUGAGGAGGCUGCUGCCCUCCUGCAAAGCCUUCCCCUGCUGCUUCCUCUGCCCGGAGCGUGAGGAGGAAGAGGAGAAGGAGGAGGAAGAUGAAGAGGAUGGCUGCCGUGCGGCCGAGGAGGGGACUGCUGCCGCAGGGGAAGGGACACGGCUGCUCCUGAAGCCCGGCAGCGGGGAGGCGCAGGACAGGCAGCCAGGCCAGGAGGAGAUGCUUGCAUGGCACACGGGGGCCUGACUUGUGUGGGGGGGACAACACACCUCGUGGGGGGACCCCUGGAGGGUUGUCCCUCCAAGGCAGCUCGAAAACCUCUCCGCUCAAUUUCGGAAGCCUCAGGAGAGCCCUGCACUUUCACACUCCCGUCACGGACCUCAUUUCCCUGCUUCGGAGGGGAGCUAUAAAAAAAAAAAACCUUCAACCA